CUGGCCACCACCGCCGCCUUCCCCUGCGGGCGCUGCGCAGGGCUUCUCCUUUAGGCGCCGCGGGUCCUGAGCACCUACUUCUAGGCACAGAUUUCCCAAAGGACAAGGAAGAUGGAAGCAUCUGCAAAUCAGUUGCAGCCACUGAGUGAGAGUCAAGUGGCCAACUCGGAGGGCGGAUGCAUAUGGCAGGUCACAGACAUGAACCGGCUGCACCGCUUCUUGUGUUUUGGUUCUGAAGGUGGUACCUACUAUAUCAAAGACCAGAAGCUGGGUCUUGAAAAUGCCGAAGCCUUAGUAAGAUUGAUUGAAGAUGGCAGAGGAGGUGAAGUGAUACAGGAAAUCAGGUCAUUUAGUCAGGAAGGCAGGACUGCAAAACAAGAGCCCUUGCUGUUUGCGCUUGCCAUUUGUUCCCAGUGUUCGGACACAAAGACCAAACAGGCAGCCUUUAAAGCUGUUCCCGAAGUUUGCCGCAUUCCAACCCAUCUCUUCACUUUUAUCCAGUUUAAGAAAGAUCUGAAGGAAAGCAUGAAGUGUGGAAUGUGGGGGCGUGCUCUCCGGAAGGCCAUUGCAGACUGGUACAAUGAAAAAGGUGGCAUGGCCAUCGCUCUGGCAGUUACAAAGUAUAAGCAAAGGAAUGGCUGGUCUCACAAAGAUCUCUUAAGACUGUCACAUCUUAAACCUUCCAGCGAAGGACUUGCUGUUGUGACCAAAUAUAUCACAAAGGGCUGGAAAGAAGUUCACGAACUGUAUAAAGAAAAGGCACUUUCUGUGGAGACUGAAAAACUGUUAAAGUAUCUGGAGGCUGUGGAGAAAGUGAAGCGUACAAAAGACGAGCUGGAGGUCAUUCAUCUAAUUGAAGAGCACCAGUUAGUUAGGGAACAUCUGCUCACAAACCACUUGAAGUCUAAAGAGGUAUGGAAGGCUUUGUUACAAGAAAUGCCCCUUACUGCACUCCUGAGGAAUCUGGGAAAGAUGACUGCUAAUUCAGUGCUUGAACCAGGAAAUUCUGAAGUAUCUUUAGUAUGUGAGAAACUGUGCAAUGAAAAACUGCUCAAAAAGGCUUGUAUACAUCCAUUUCAUGUUUUAAUUGCAUUAGAAACCUACAGAACAGGCCAUGGGCUCAGAGGAAAACUGAAGUGGACUCCAGAUAAAGAAAUUUUGCAAGCAUUGGAUGCUGCUUUUUAUAAAACAUUUAAGACGGUUGAGCCAACUGGGAAGCGUUUCCUGCUGGCUGUUGAUGUCAGUGCCUCUAUGAACCAGAGAGUUUUGGGGAGUAUACUCACUGCUAGUACUGUUGCUGCAGCAAUGUGCAUGCUGAUCACACGAACAGAAAAGGAGUCUUCAGUAAUUGCUUUUGCCUGUGAUGUGGUGCCAUUUCCUGUGACUACAGACAUGACCUUGCAGCAGGUUUUAACAGCUAUGACUAAAGUCCCAGCAGGUAGCACCGAUUGCUCUCUUCCAAUGAUCUGGGCCCAGAAGACAAACACAGCUGCCGAUGUCUUCAUUGUGUUCACUGAUAAUGAGACCUGUGCAGGACAGGUGCCUCCUGCUGUUGCCCUGAGGGAGUACCGAAAGAAAAUGGAUAUUCCUGCUAAAUUGAUUGUUUGUGGGAUGACAUCAAAUGGUUUUACCAUCGCAGACCCAGACGAUAGAGGCAUGUUGGAUAUGUGCGGCUUUGAUACUUCGACUCUGGAUGUAAUUCGAAAUUUUACGUUGGAUAUAAUUUAACCAUAAGUACCAGAAUGACCUGAGGGGUUCACUGCUGUAGUGGGCUUCACGGAAAAGUUACAGCUACUUCCCAGCUAAAUGCAGUAGUGAGAAGUGUCAUUGGUGUGUGCGUGAUGGAAAUGGACUUUGUCAAGAGCAGGAAAAGAGGGAAGGAAGGAAGGAAGAUCAUGUUGAGCCCAAAGGUGCAUGUACUCAGUAGCUCUUGAGAAGUCUUCAGGAUACUGUAGCUUUCUCUAUAGAGAGCUUCUUUUUAAUAGACACUGUAAAAUCAUCAUGUUGUGCUCCAGUGAAUCACUCAUUUGUAUUUUCAGCAGCUAAGAUGCAAAAGUGUAAGUAGCCUCACAUGUCACUUGUUUGAGAAGUGCUUGUUUUCUUCAAUGUUUUCAUUGGAAACAGACGGUUUUUAUACUGUCCAAAUACUCUGAAGUGCACUAGACCAUGUGACUGUGAUGGAAAUGAACCUCACAGGGUAAACUUUAUACAAAGGGAUUAAAAAAAAAUACUAAGACACUUGGUACAACUAAAUUAUGAAUGAGUUUUACAAAUCCAGAGUUUUCUAAGAUCAUAUGAACAACAGCUUUCUUAUCAAUGAAAAGGGUGUUUUAUUUCAGGUGUUUUGUUUGUACUUGCUAGACUUUGUUGCCAUUUGGUCAGAACAUGAUGGCCAUCCCUAAGGGACUUGUUGAGUUUGUGUAAGCGGAGGAAUUUGAUUGUGUCCUUGUAUUUACUACCGUAAGUGAAGACAUACUUAAUGAUUCCCUUUGAGCAUCAACAGUGUCUCAUACUUAACACUUUCCUGUUUUCAUCUUCUUUAUGGAAACAAAGUAUUUCCAUGUUUAAGUCCCCCCAUCCAUAAUUCUGGUAGUAUAACAAUUAGAAUCUCAACUGUUAAACUCUUCCCAUACCUCUAAAAUACCUUGAACUACUUUUUGUAUUUUUCUAAUAUUAAUUUUAUCUGUAGUCUUUUCUAUUUGUGUCCACUACUCAUCUUGUGUCUUAUUUCUUAUUGGAUAGAAAUAUAGAAAUUAUAGAAAGUAUAGAAAUAAUAAAGCAAGCUAGAUCCUUCAAGUUCAAAAGCAAUUUUAGAGUAAGCAGCUAUCAACCAGUCAGUCUAUGUAGGAAAUCUAAAAACCUAUUUUGUGUAACUUAAACUUCUUUUUUUCCAUACUAACAUACAUUCUUUUCUUGAGCAGUCACAUUUUCAUUGGGAAGUUUAGAUGAAAAUGGCCUGUUGAAAGACUAGCAGCUGUUCUCUCAAUUUUGGAAUGGUAUCUAAGGUAGUUUAUACUAAAACUUUAAUUUUUUUAUGUAUUCUUUAAAUAUUGAAGGUUUACUGAGGGCUUAUAAAGCCCUCUCACUUUAUAUGAAAAGUCAAAACUAGAAAGUGUAGGUUACAUAACCUUAUGUAUUUAGAGGGUAAAGUUUUUUAUUUUGGGAGGAAAGUGUCUUUGCUAUUGUGAAAAUUUGUGUAUACAUGUUCUUUUUCCUAAGAAAAUUAGGCUCUGAGAAUAGGAAAAUGUUCCCUUCCGAUAGAUUUCCUAUAUUAGUGAGGUUGAAUAUGUAGCUGUUCUUUCUUUCUCCGCCAGCCUCCUACCCCCUGUAGGUAUUCUUUCAAGCCAGUAACAGUUCUACAGUGUGGUUAGCAAAGAUAGUAUUACCUUCCACUCUAAACGCCAUGGCUUCUGAUGCUGUUCUGGCUUUAACCCUGGUCACAUGGGGAAUUUUACAUCUUUACUUUUUUUUUUUUUUUUUUUUGGUUUUUCGAGACAGGGUUCUCUGUGGCUUUGGAGCCUGUCCUGGAACUAGCUCUGUAGACCAGGCUGGUCUCGAACUCACAGAGAUCCGCCUGCCUCUGCUUCCCAAGUGCUGGGAUUAAAGGCGUGUGCCACCACCGUCCGGCUACAUCUUUACUUUUGAUACAUUAAAAUUUCAUAUUCAAAUUGAAUUUAAGAAAAACUCUAAGAAUUACAUGAGAGCUAUUGACUUCUUUAAACCCAGGAUCUAGUUUUAAUAUGAUCUAACUUAUUAUUAAAUGUUACAUGGAUUAUUAUAUAAAUGCUUCUUUUGUUUCUGUGCUAUUUGGAUAGUGCUUUUAGGCCAGCAGAGUAUGUCUAGGAGCAAACAUUUAAUCCAUCAGGGAAAUCAGAUUAGAGGUGACCCUUCUACAGUAUUUAGAUAGGCCUAUUUAAAUAGGUUACGAUUGAAGACAGGAGCCAGGUGUGGUGGCACAAGCCUUAUUCCUAGUACCGGGAGGCUUGGACAGGUAUAAGUAGUG